UCUUUUUGAUACAGCCUGAUAUUUGGAGACUCUUUCCCAGCUGUCUUUAGUCUACUCACUCAGAAAGCUUUCCUUGUUUCCCUCCAGCUUCCCCGCUUCCCCAUCCUUCCAUACCCUCCGAUAUUCCACGACAGUACCAGACUUACCGCAGUACCGCCUUGCAUACCUUCUCUCACCUGCAGCUCCGUCAUAUCGUCGUCAACCCAACCGUCUGCCUUCUUUCAGCCAACUGGACUGCAUCUGACACCUUCCACCCUAUCCUACCGGUAGAACACCAGCGAGACUCAUGGCUUCUAAUCGCACCCGGCGUAUCGUGAAGGAAAUCGCCGAUAUCCACUCUGACACACAUUCCGGGAUUACGGUGGAACCCGCAGUGAGCGAAGAUGACUUUACGCAUCUCCGGGGCUCAUUCCCCGGACCCCCGGGGACCCCAUAUGAGGGCGGUACCUACUAUGUGGACGUCAGGAUCCCCACGGACUACCCUUUCCGACCCCCAGUCAUGAAGUUUGAAACCAAAGUGUGGCAUCCUAAUGUCAGCAGCCAGACGGGCGCAAUCUGCCUUGAUACCCUCUCGACGGCGUGGUCGCCGGUCCUCACCAUCAAAUCCGCCCUCCUGUCCCUCCAAUCAUUGUUGAGCACGCCAGAGGCCAAGGACCCCCAGGAUGCCGAAGUGGCCAGUAUGCUCCUUCACAAACCGAAAGAGUUCCAUCGGGUCGCCCAGGAGUGGGCUGUCAUUCACGCAGGGGCUCCUAAGAAAUAUGCGGGCGAGGGGAGUGGGGGCGCCACGGAUGAAACCCUGCGACAGCAAGAGCUCAAAUUGAGGGAAGAUCAAGAGAAGGAAGAUUUGAGCAAGUACGAUGGGUAUAACAAGGACCUGAUCGAUCGGUUCUGCAGUAUGGGAUUCGAUGUCGACCGUGUCGUGAGUGCGUUCAGAUUCUAUGGGAUCGAUCGGAUGGACGGGGAGGAUUAUGAAUUGGAAGAAGCCUACAUGGGUGAUGUCACCGCACGGCUUCUGGGAGAGCCUUGAAGAGGGCGGGGGUAAGCAGUUGCGAUUGCAGGUACUUGGAUAUUUACUGUCAUAGCGAUUGGGUGGUUCCGAUGAAGAGCAUGGUGCCUGGCGAACUUUUUUAAUCUAUUUCCUUCUCUUUUAAUUCUGACUCUGUGUUGCUUCUGAUAUUUACUACCUUGUCAUCUUCCUCAACUUAUGCAGACACGUUGGACAACAUGAGCUACUCGUUGCAUGAUCGUUGUUCUUGGCUUUUGUGC